AUGUCGUGUUUUGGACUUGAUUUUCAUACAGGCGUUGGGAUUUGGCACGUAGAACGUAAUCAUGUCAAAAUUUUAAAGAAUCGCUUGGAUCGAGGUCGUACAACACCAUCUAUUGUAAGGUUUGAUCCAUUAAGUCAACAUGUAGAUGUUGGGAAUGCUGCGAUUGGUUUAGAGACAACGGAACCUGUGAAAAAUACUAUUCGCUCGGCCAAAAGAUUACUUGGUCAAAAAUUUGCAAGCAAAGCCACUGAAGUGGCUAGAAUGUAUGCUUCCUAUGACGUCGUACCUUCAGCUCAAGGAAAUGUGACCGUACAAGUGGUUCGAGGAAAUAAGAAGGUCAAUGUCCAGCCUGAAGAAAUUUCAGCUUGUAUCCUCACCGAGCUUAAAUCUUCAGCUGAAGGCUAUUUUGACGGUCAAGUUAGUUUUGACAAUGUGGUCAUUACAGUUCCUGCAUAUUUCAGUGACUCUCAAAGAAAAGCUACGCUCACUAGUGCGUAUAUGGCUGGGUUUAAGGCUGUAAGAUUGUUAAACGAACCCACGGCGGCGGCAAUGGCUUACGGGCUGUUUUUGUCUGGGAAAAAAUUAGUGACAGUUUUCGACUUUGGUGGAGGGACACUAGAUGUAUCGUUGCUGAGCAUUGAGGAUGGCUUAUUUGAAGUUUUGGGUAUUGGAGGUGACACGAAUUUGGGGGGAGAUGAUAUCGAUAAUAUGCUUGUAGAUCACUUGCUGGAGGUGCUGUACAAGCAUCAUAAUGUUACUCGAGCACAAGUGGGGGGAUGGAGAAAUGGUGAGACUGAAGAGAGAGGUCGAGAAGGCAAAGAUCAGACUCUCGGAAAAGGAGCAAGCGAAUAUUGUCGUGCAUGA